AUGAACCACACUGACGACCUAAAUUCGGACGAUUCCGACGACGAGAAGGAAUUGUUGUCGUUCAAUCCAUUCCAAAAAGCAGCAUUGGUCAGUCAGUCGUCGCCAGGAAGUAGUGACGAGGAGACGACUUCGACGCCCAAGGAAGAUCCAAAAAGUCCAACCGCCUUGGAGGAACAGGUUCGCAAGAAAAUCAAAGACAAUAUUGAGGACUACUGCUUUUAUGGCAAAUCCUUGGACUACAAUGUCGACAAACUAAAGUGGCAUCUCAAACCGACCAAGCAUGGAAAGGAUAUUGAAUGUCUUCCCUGUAGAGUGCUCAAUGAUUCUGAACUGGCAGAUCAUCAUAAACAAAAAGAUGGAAAAAUCUGGAUCCAGUACAUGCUGCCCAAUGAAUUCACACGCUACGAGGCAUCCUCCAAUCAACUUACAGCCAUGGUCCAAGACAACGAGAGCGAGACAACAAUGACAGUGUCUGCCAAACACAUGGAUGCCUACAUGGAAUAUCUGAGAGCCAAAAAAGACAAAGACAUGCAGCCCAAAUACACUACCAAAAAACUAUUGGAAGAAAAAUGCAUCCUAGAGGAGACUGUGGCAUUUUUCUCGCGGCAAAACAAAUCUUGCUCACAUGCAGAUGCAUCCAUGACACCAUCAUCCUCCAAACCAAAGAGCGCCGACCAUCCAAAUGAUUCAGAUGACGGCAGCACCGACUCGGAGGAGGAAGAAGACCCAAAGCAGUACCAAUCUCUUACCAGAAUUGACUCGUUUGAUUCUGUCGAAAUCAAGAAAAAGAAGCGACAAACCAUCCAAGCGGGGUGUAUUGUGGAGUACUACCAUCCCAACGAAAUUGGCGGAAAACAAAGCUACACGGCCACAAUUUCCGCUGUGAAACAGGGUGGCAGCGGUUUUGAUGUCGAGUUUACUGAAGUGGGACCACGGUUGCUCCCUGGUUUGAACAAAUCCGACCGAGUCAAGCUGAUUCAGAAAAUGCAUCGGCGCAAUUUGGUACCGAAUGCGGAUCCCGUCUGGAUGCCCUUGGGCAAGUACACGUUGCGAACGUCCAAAUUAAAAGGCACGGAAUGUGCGGUCCAAAAACAAGCGGCCAAAAUCAGUGCACUUGUGGAGGCGCAAGAAGAGACCAUGAAACAAAACAGCGACACAGCAUUGGUAGCGGACUUGAUGCGGCCCACAAAACGACGGGCGACCAUGUUUGCAUCCACGACGGCGAAUGCGGCGGAGAUGCCUCCCUUGAAGAAGAGCCGAAAGUCCGAACAGCGAGCCAACACAACAACAACAGCAACCAGCAGCAGGGCUUUUUCAUCCUGGAGGGCCAAGAGCGGAUUGACGAAAUCUGCUCCCACUGGAAGCCGCAGUGCUCCCACCACCACCACUACAAUUAACCAAAGAAAGGAGAUGCCUACUAGCCGGUGCACGAUUUCGGAGGACUGGUGGAAAAAGACAAACGCAGAAGAGAUUCAUGCUCAGAUUGACCUGAACCGAAAGGCAAGCGCCGCAUCCACUAGUAGGAGUCGACGAGCAAAGAAAGGCAGUCACAUGUCAACCGAACACCUCGAGCUCGUGCUACAAGUACGAAAUCGCUUGCCUUCUUACAUUGAGGAGUCCAAGGGACAGCUGACUGCGACAGCCGUACUGAACUUGCUGGCGUUUCAAUCGGAGGAGGACGACAGCGGUUUGGGACCAUUCGAUCGAACCCACGCAGAGAACUUUCUCGCGGGGGACAAACACAUGGUUCUACGUGAGGAUAAAUCAAAGUCUGUCGCCGCGGCAUUGAAAAAGUGGCUGGAAUCUGUGGACCCUGCAACAAAGGAGGAGGAUGGCGGCAACAAUCCGCUCAAUGAAACGAUGAACCGUGCCAGUCAAACCCAGCAGCUCUCAGAGACCCAGCCCAAAGAUCAUCUAGUACCGGUACCCCAGAAUGAUCAACCCGAAGGUCAUCCGGCCAACAAGGAUCAGCAGGAUCGUGAUGAUGCCAUGUGCAAAGAGCCCGAGGUUGACCCUGCCCCUGCACCACCAAAGGAGGAUCGUGACAACAAUCCACUCGAUGAACCCAUGAACCUUGCCAGUAAAGCUCAGCAGCUCCCAGAGACCCAGCCCAAGGAUCAUCUUCCCCACAAUGAUCAGCCCACAGAUCAUAUACCCCACAAUGAUCAGCAGGAUCGUGAUGGGGCCGUGUUCAAAGAGCAGGAGGUCGACCUUGCCCCUGAAACAAAGGAGGAUUGUGAACCCAUGAACCUUCCCAGUACAACUCAGCAGCUCCCAGUGACCCAGCCCAAAGAUCAUCUUCCCCACAAUGAUUAUCCCAAAGAUCAUCAACCCCACAAUGGUCAGCCCGAAGGUCAUCAGCCCAACGACGAUCAGCAGCAUUGUGAUGAUGCCAUGUGCAAAGAGCAGGAGGAAUGCAACCCACCAGUCCAGCCAUCUACUAGCUAG